CCAAGAGGAAUGAAGAGAUCCUUUUUUUCUCUGCCCUGAGGUUGAUGAUAUUAGCAGACGUUACUAAGAUCCAUUCUGGUUCCCACAGAGUUUCUGAAGGUAGUGCAAGAAAAAUCUUCAGUGUGGAGAACAGUGCCAUGCUACAAGCAGCAUUGAGAACUCACAUCCUUGGUAAAAUGUCUCAGAGGAAAUCAUCCAAGAGUAUGCGUUCCAGACAAAAGUCCACAAUCCCACAAAAGGCCACCAGUGGCUAUUACACUGAUUCUCUUGGCUUUAUGGCAAUGGACAGCAAUGUACCUGGUCUAUCUAAUGUCAUUCUCCAGAAACUCAAUUUGAAAAGCUAUGAGGAAUACAGAUGCGCAAUUGAUGGUAAGAGCCUUGCUACAAAUUAUGGGAUCCGAACAUAUGCAGACAUGUUUCAAAAGAUGGAAGAUACUUACAAAUUCUGUGCUCAGUGCAAAAAACUUCCGUCGCUUCUUCCAGACCCUCGUAACAUGAGGCGCUGUAAAAGGUGUCAGAAUGUUUAUUACUGCGGCUCUGAAUGCCAAAGAGAAAACUGGGCCUCACAUAAGAAGUUCUGCAGAAAACUCAAGCUGGCAGCAAUUGACAGACUGGUAGAAUGGCUGGUAUUUACAGGAGACAUUCCAUUUCCAACAAAACCUUGGUCUAAGCCAUUCUCAGAGGUAAAGGACUGGGAAGACUGGUUCUCUAUGCAAGAGGAAUUGGAGGCAAAAAUGGACAACAUAAUAUCUGGCCGCUACAUGACACUUCUGUGGUCUAAUGCUGGGAAACCGAAACCAGAAGAGAGCGAACUCAAGGGGUCUAUUAAGCGUCUAACCACUGACUUUUUCUCUAGGCCUCUGACAAUUGGCUUUGCCCUAAAUGCUUUUCAAGUGAACCCUUACAAAGGACCUGUUACAGUACAUGUAGUUGGGGCAUCUCAUAUAGAAACUUUGAACAUCAGAUCAACAGACUAUGAUGAACUGGCCAAGAUGUUCCCAGGCAACCAGGGACUAGAAGUUGCAAUGGUAGGACCAGAGGUGGUAGAUGGUCCAGUCAUGAGAACUCCCCUCACUGCCUUUGGACCUCGAGGAAGAGUUUAUCUGAGUGGGUACAGAAACUUAUAUCAUAUUUUCUGGGAGACACUGAUAGAAACACAAAAAGCUGCAAGACCUGAUGUUGUAGUGGGCUUCCAUCCAGGAUUUCAUGCCUCCCAGGGACUAACUGAAGGCUGGCUCCCCACACUGCUCCUCCUGCGAGAUUAUAAUAUCCCAGUUAUGUUUACCAUGUACAGUGAACAGGAGCUGAAAUACUCCCUGCAGAUACUUGCAGAGCUAGAAACAAAGGUACUGGCGUCUGGGCCAUAUCCCUUCUCCUCUAUGAAGCUGGAACAGGUUCAGUCUGACCCCAACAAGCCUCCAGCUCGCAGCAAUGCAUUCUACCUGCUCUUCAGGGGCAGCAUAGAAGAGGAAGCCGAAAAUGAUAUGGGAAAGCUGGAAGAAGAAGAAAGCUAAACCCUUGGCUCACAGGAAACCAUGUGUUUCUCUUUAAACAUAAGUCAAGUCCACAGAGUACAAAAAUAACAAAAGCUUAAAGGGACAUAAAACCCAAACAUUUUUUUAUUCAGGAAUCAGAGCAUGCAAUUGUCAACUUUCUAUUAUAUAAUUGUGUUUGUUCUCUAGGUAUCUUUUGUUGAAGAGCAGGGACCUAAACUCAGGAGCGUGCAUGUUUGAGUACUAGACGGAAAAAGUUUUGCCAGAAUCUUAUCCAUUUGCAAUAACACUAGAUGGCAGCACUGCUUCCUGUCAUGUAGGUCUCCAGAUACCUACUUAGGGAUCUCUUCAACAAAGAAUACCAUGAGAACAAAGCAAAUUUGAUAAUAGAGGCAAUUUGAAAACUUUUUUAAAAUAUGCUCUUUUUUUUAUCUGAUUUUUUUUCAGGGUUUCAUAGCUAAUAAAAAAUAAAACAUUAA